AUGAAGGUGUACAAGGUGUCAAUCGGAGCGGCAUGCGCGCUGGACUGGCCGUCGGACCGCAUGGUGAUCCAGGUGCUUGACGACUCCACCGACCCCGUUGUAAAGGAGUUAGUGAACACCGAGUGCCAGAGAUGGAAGGGCAAAGGUGUGAACAUCAGGUACGAGGUCAGAGGAAACCGCAAGGGGUACAAGGCCGGUGCGCUCAAGCAAGGGCUGAUGCGCGACUAUGCGCAGGAGUGCGAGUUCAUCGCCAUGUUCGACGCCGACUUCCAGCCUGAGUCCGACUUCCUCCUGCGGACCGUCCCCUUCCUUGUGCACAAUCCUGCCAUUGCCCUCGUCCAGACUCGCUGGAAAUUCGGAACAGCUGGUGUUUGGAGGAUCUCGGCAAUCAAUGAUGCCGGGGGGUGGGAGGACCGGACGACGGUGGAGGACAUGGACCUGGCUGUUCGUACAUCGCUGCUGGGCUGGAAGUUCGUGUAUGUAGGCGCCGUCAAAAUACCUCUCUGGGGUGUGGUCUACGUUCCAACUAUUAUCACCCUCUGCAAGGCUCUUGGAUCACCAAGGUAA